GCCGCGCCCGGGGCUGCCCGACGGAGGGUUUGAAUAUGUCGCGCCAGCUGAGAACCUCCAGGUUUGACCCUCGAGCGGGAUUUCACGCGGAGGGCAAGGACAGCGGCCCCUCAGUUCCCCAGGGCCUCCUGAAGGCGGCGAGGAGCAGCGGGCAGCUCAACUUGGCGGGAAGGAACCUCGGGGAAGUCCCUCAGUGUGUUUGGAGAAUAAAUGUGGACAUCCCUGAGGAGGCCAAUCAGAAUCUUUCAUUCAGCUCUACUGAACGAUGGUGGGAGCAGACAGAUCUGACCAAACUCAUCAUCUCCAGCAAUAAACUCCAGUCUCUCUCUGACGACCUCCGGCUCUUGCCUGCCCUCACUGUUCUUGAUAUACAUGAUAACCAGCUGACAUCGCUUCCUUCAGCUAUCAGAGAGCUAGACAAUCUUCAGAAACUUAAUGUCAGCCAUAACAAACUGAAAAUGCUUCCUGAAGAAAUUACAAGUUUAAAAAACCUGAAGGUGCUGCACCUCCAACACAAUGAGCUGACGUGCCUACCUGAGGGCUUGGAGCAACUUUCCAGCUUAGAGGAUUUAGAUCUUUCAAGCAAUCGUCUUGCAGCUGUGCCUGCUGGUUUUGCUUUGCUGUCCAGUCUGCUGCGGCUCAAUCUUUCCAGUAACCAGUUGAAAAGUUUGCCAGCAGAAAUAAGCAGAAUGAAAAGAUUGAAGCAUUUGGAUUGUGACUCCAAUCUCCUGGAGACUGUGCCCCCUGAUGUGGGCAGCAUGGAAUCACUGGAGUUGCUUUAUUUGCGCAGGAAUAAAUUAAGUUUUCUACCUGAAUUUCCUUCUUCUAGGCAACUAAAGGAAUUGCAUCUCGGUGAAAACCAGAUCGAAACGUUAGGCGCAGAGCACCUUCAGCACCUGCAGGCCAUCCUGGUGCUGGACCUAAGGGGCAACAAGCUGCGGUCUGUUCCCGAAGAAAUGUCCCUACUGCAGUCUUUGGAAAGGCUUGACUUGAGCAACAACGACAUCAGUAGUCUGCCCUGCUCAUUGGGAAACCUUCAUUUGAAAUUCCUGGCCCUAGAAGGAAAUCCUCUAAGAACCAUUCGAAGAGAAAUUAUAGCUAAAGGAACUCAAGAAGUCCUAAAAUACCUGCGAAGCAAGAUCAAAGAUGAUGGUGGGACCAGUCAAAAUGAUUCUGUUCCUGAGACUGCCAUGACACUACCAAGUGAAUCCAGAGUCAAUGUCCAUGCCAUAGUCACACUAAAGCUGCUAGACUAUAGUGAUAAACAAGCAACCUUGAUUCCUGAUGACAUAUUCGAUGCCACAAAAAGCAACAUCGUCACUUCCGUCAACUUCAGUAAGAACCAGCUGUGUGAGAUCCCCAAAAGGAUUAUUGAGCUGAAGGAGAUGGUAUCAGAUGUCAACCUUAGUUUUAACAAGCUUUCCUUUAUAUCCCAGGAGUUAUGCUUGCUUCAGAAAUUGACAUUUUUAGAUUUAAGGAAUAAUUUUUUAAGUUCUUUGCCUGAAGAGAUGUCAUCACUGACAAAACUGCAAACGAUCAAUCUUUUCCUUUAACAGGUUCAAAGUGCUGCCUCCAGUUCUGUACCACAUCCCAACAUUAGAAGCAGUUCUGAUCAGCAAACAAUCAGGUUGGCUCUGUGGACCCUCAGAAGAUGAAGCUGAUGGAAAACCUGAGCACUCUGGACCUUCAAAACAACGACCUCCUGCAGAUUCGCCCACGAGCUCGGGAACUGUGUGCAGCUACGGUAACUUCCCUUCUGGGGCACUUCAAUUGAUUGUUGAUUGCAUGCUUUUUUUGUUUUGUUUUUUUGUUUUUGCUUUCUUGCAGGAAAUUGAAACAACAGACUUAAUACCUUGUAAACAAUAAUAGUUAGCCAAACACCUAAUUUUUCUUUUCAUUUUACCAGAUAAUUUCUGUUUUAUAUAACACCAUAUAUGUAUAAAUAGACUGUUUCUCAUAGUUCUUUUGUACUAGUAUAUGCUUAACAUCCAGAA